UAUAAUUAUUAAAUGUGCAUUUCAGAUGCCGACUCUACACCAAUCAGUUGAUGAUAUCACUCCAACCACAGUUGGAUGGAAAAUAAAAAUGACAGUUCUACAAAAAUUUCCACCACGAACAAGCAUGAGUUCACCAGUCCGAUAUCAGAAGCUGUAUUUAUCUGAUCCAAAGGGGACGAAAGUAGAUGCAGUAAUUUUCGCAGAAGAUAUUGAAUCUUUGGAGGACACUUUGCAUGAGUUACACACCUACCACAUCAGUGAUGCCCGUGUCAACAAAACCCCUGCCAGAUACCUUAAAAAUGGCACAAAUUACAAUUUUAGCUGGACGCUGAACUCAAAAACACAAGUUGUUGAAGUCCAAGAUGAAAAACAAAUUUCUAAGCCAGUCCAUGAGUUCGUUUCGUUUAAGAACUUGUCAUCUGACAAAUACUCCAACACACCACAAGAUAUCAUAGGAGUAGCUGUCAAGAUAAACCCAACAAAAGUGGUGAACACAGUGUAUGGACAGCGAACCAUACAAGAAAUUUAUCUAAUCGAUGACAGGACUGUCGUUGUCAAGCCGUGAAUCAAGUACAACCGAAAUCAAUCCUGAUAAUUACGAAGCAACUACUCUUCAUCAAUGGGCUGAAAAUAACAAAGCAGACAUAAAUAAUAUUACUAUUCAAGCACCUACAUCUCAGUAUUCUCCAAAUUCAUCUGCUGCAAAACGAGAAUAUGUUAAGAACAACGAAGUUACCGAUUUGGUAAAGCAAUUAAAGCCAACUCAGAAAGCAUAUUAUUGGAUUGAAGCUGAAAUCAUAUUAAAAAAUAUCAACCAAGAUUUUUAUUACAUGUCGUGUGAUUUUUGUAAUAAGAAACUUAUGUUCUACAACGACAACGAAGAAACAGAUUGUGAAAAUCCAAAAUGCGGAAAAAGAUGUCUUCCUACACCACGUGCAAGGACAUAUGUACAACUCGACGAUGGUACAGAGCUGCUAGAUGCUGUGAUGUUCGGUGAUGUUGCAGAAAACAUAUUCUCAUGUACUGCAGUUCAAUUAAGAUCAUAUUCGGACGAGAAACAUAAGUUGUUUGUCCAAAAAACUACAAGGCAACUAUCAGCCAAAAAAUGGAGAAUUCAGUUGUACGUAGAUGCAAACCGAACAAUGAGUUCAAAGUACAAUCAGUUCACCAUUCAAGCAGUUGAACCAAUGGAAGAUUAGGCAGAAGUUGUCAUUUUUCUUUUACAGUAAUUUUAUUUUAUUUAGUGUUAAGACUUUUCUUGGUGCCGAGCUUCUUUCACUUUCUAUUGACUUGUUAUCUACGGAUUUACAUGGAGUAUUGUAUGCAAGUCUUUCAUAAAUCCAAUAUUCUAGAAGUAAACAAUAAGUAUCGUUUUAUUUUGAUUUA